AUGACCGACAUCAACCAGAGUAUCGUCGACCCUGUCGCGAACAACGCUCAGCACGUCAACAAGGUUGAAGAGGAUGACAAAAAGGUGUUUGCAGGCAACCUCGCGUUUGCCACCACCGAAGACGAACUCAAGACUCUCUUCUCCGAGGCCGGCACUGUUACUCAUGCUCAGGUCAUCACUCGCGGCACUCGUUCGCUCGGUUACGGUUUUGUUACGUUCUCCACCGAGGCGGGAGCACAAAACGCCAUCAAGCUACUCAACAAGCGUGAAGUUGGCGGUCGCGAAAUCAGUGUAGAGUCGGCCAAGCCCCAAACUUCCGCCGCUACGAAUGACGCCAAACCAAAGGCGCGCAGAAGCCGCUCCAAGAAGGCCAAGGAGUCGUCGCGCACACCACGCCGUGCCCGAGCCGACGAGGGCGAGGAGGGAGCUGCUGAGGAGGAAGCAGCUCAAGCUGCCUCGAAUGACGAUCAACCAACUGACGUCAAUGGUACCAAGCCAUCCAAGUCGGCUAAGCGCAGACAGAAGAAGAAGGCUGCAGCUGCGGCUGCCGCCACUGCUGCUGCUAACGGUGAGUCCGCCACGCCUACGCAAGCCAAGGCUGAAUCCUCCGAGCCACGCGCGCCUCGCGCCAAACGUGAGCCCAAGGGCAAGCCUCAUGGUGAACCCUCCAAGACGCUCGUCUUUGUUGCCAACCUUGCCUUUGCCACCACCGACGAAUCUCUCAAAGCUGCCUUUUCGGAUUACAAGGUCAAGUCGGCUCACGUUGUCAAGCGACGCUCCAGCAACCGCUCAAAGGGCUUCGGCUUUGUCGACUUCCAAGAUUCCUCGGAGCAGCAGCGUGCCAUCGCCUCGUCGCAGGGCAAGCAGAUCGAUGGUCGAGAGGUCACGCUUCAGGUCGCCGUUGAAACCGAAAAUGGCGACGAGAAGGCCUAA